AUGGGUCUCGAAACACUUACAGAUUCGUCUGCACGAAUACGAGCCAACGAAUUAAUAACUCAGAAAGAUUCGAUAGAAAAUGAAAUUAAAGAACAAGAACAGAUACUCAAGGGGCAAGGUGUAGGAAUGUCAGAACCCUUAGUUGACCGAUCUGGCUUUCCACGCGAUGACAUAGACCUCGUUGUUGUGCGUACGGCUAGAGCGCGCAUAAUAGCAUUGCGUAAUGAUCAUAAAGAUGUAAUGAACGAGAUUGAAAAGAUGUUACAUAUCAUACAUGCGGAAGCCAAAGCAAAGACAGUAGUAAAGGAAGAGGAGAAGGAACAUAGUAUGUACCGGGAUUUGAGAAAUGAAUGUUUUAAUGAAGAAAGAGAGGGUGUGGCUUACAUUGUAUUUGCAUGUGUAGAUCGAGUAACUGCUUUCGCUCUUGUCAACGCAGUUGCACCUGAUUCACCAGCGAGUGAGGCGGGUCUGCAGAGAAACGACAAAAUCGUAAGAUUUGGACAUUUGCAUGCUGAUAAUCAUCGGGCAUUACAAGCAGUGAAUUUGCUAGUCUCCGAAAGCGAAAACAAAUCUAUUGAUGUUACGAUCGAGCGAGGAGAUGAAGGACAACGACUGGUAUUAAAAUUAACUCCAAGACGAGGUUGGGGGGGACGAGGAUUGCUAGGAUGCCAUAUACUUCCAACCAAAGGAGCAAAAUAA